UUAGCUAGAGGAGAGAGGGUGGAGAUGUGCUGAGGCAUUGGCUUCUACAGCAGGCGCCUGGAAGUAGGAGGAGCAGGGUAGAGACUCACUGGCAGGGACGACGUGGGGACGCGGUACGGCACGGUAGUAUGCAGCGGAGGCUCUUGCUCUGCGACGACAAGGGUGCGGUGGCAGACAGCGCAGGGGUUAAUGGGAUGCACUAUCUACGCAGCCAGCCCUGAGGCCCUGCCAGGUGAAGAGGCCACAGGCCGGGACCACCGACACCACCACCGACCCCAUGGUCCCUGCUACCAGAAGAUACCAGCCAGGCCCAACACCAUGAUGGAACACCAGGAGCAGAAUGAAGAGGGAGUCCUCACCUCAACACAGGACCUGGAGACCUCAAAACACCAGGAUACUCAAGGAGGCCAUCCACAAUUCAGGUUGAUUGACGACCUGUCAUAUGAAGAUGUGAAGAAAUGCUACAGGGGUUCGUCUGUGUCUUGCAGUGGGGUCCGCCACGCCGUCGAUGUGUGUGUGUGUGUGUGCGGCUGUGUGUGCGGCUCCAGCAUGCUGAGUCUGGUGCAGCAGAGCUCUCGUCCUCUGAGAGAGAGGGCGGCCGCCGGUUUGCCGGUGUCAGUGGGAGGGAGGCCAGCCAAGGAACUGCUCAUGACUCUGCCCUGUCCCUCUGCUCAGACUGUCAGCAAGUACAACUCGCAGUACCACAAACUCUUCCAGUGCGUUCCGAAGGACGAGAUCCUAAUGAAAGUAUACUCCUGCGCUCUGCUCCGAGACAUCCUGCUGCAAGGACGUCUUUAUAUCUCCAGGAACUGGCUGUGUUUCUAUGCCAACCUCUUUGGCAAGGACAUCAAGGUUGCUCUUCCCGUGGUCUCUGUGAGGCUGGUAAAGAAGCACAAAACAGCAGGUCUGGUGCCCAACGGCCUCGCCAUCACCACAGAUACCAGUCAGAAGUAUGUCUUUGUGUCUCUGCUGUCCAGGGACAGUGUGUAUGAUGUGCUCCGGAGGAUCUGCACACACCUUCAGGUCAAUGGGAAGAGUCUGAGCUUGAAACACUACAUGGAGGUUCCCCAUACCUUAUCUCUGGAUGAGUUCCCGGUGGCGGAUGAGUUCCCGGGGGCGGAUGAGUAUCCUCCGGUGCUGAAGUGGAGGAGAAAACCCUCUGUGGUGUCCGUGUCCUCGUCCCUCCCUGACCUCCUGGGUAGCUCCACCGGUAGCCUGACUGCGGUGGACUCUUCCUUCCAGACAGACCAGCCUCUGGAAGACCGGGGCUUAGAGACAGAGAAGAUCCUACUAACAGAGCCUGUUGCAGAGCUGGGCCCGAUGGAAUAUCAGCUUCUCAAGUUCUUCAUCAUACUAAUCAUCCUCCUCAUCCUGUCUUCCUGCUACCUGGCCUUCCGUGUCUGCAGCCUGGAGCACCAGCUGUCCUUCCUCAACAACCCAACACGGCCCCCCCGAGAGAGGUGAGAUGGGGCCAGACUUAACUUCAGCCAAGUGUAAGUGCUGCUCUGCACUGUGAUCCAAUCCCACGUGACCGUCUCCCUGUAUGGACACAUUCCUCUCUGACCACCUCCAGACUAUGCAAACAGACUACUUAUUUUUCAGGAUUUUACUUCACUGUAGACUAGAAGAGUAGAAGAGGGCAAACCCCCAACUCCACCAUUUUGUUGUAGGUCAAAGACAAUGGCAGGUGAAAGACAAUGGGCAGGCCGAUUGAAGAGCCAGAAAACUAUACUCAAACCAAUUGUGGAUAGACUGAAAAAGCUCGGGAUUGGUGGAAAUGGCUGGGAGUCAGGACUGGGAAGGACUCUGAUUGGUCUGAUGGUUUUAAUUGAAGAUUUCAUGGCCAUGUUCGCCAACAUUAGAGUCAACGGUGUUUUUUCCCUCCUGUCAACUCAACCAGGAAUGAACUACAGGACUUCGGAGAAAAGUCAAAACCAUUCAUCUUUCAGAAAUAUAUAUAUAUAUAUAUGGUACUUUCAAGGAAAGGAUUUGGAUGCAUUAACACACUGACAGUGGAAGAAGCCAAUAUCGUUGGCUUUACAGAAUCAAUGUAAAAAAUGCCUAUAUGAACUUAUGAGGAUCAGUCUACUAUUUCAAAUGUUCAUCAUCAUCAAUGAAGUCUGACUAUGUUGCCAUUCUAACAGGCAUGUUACUCCUGGUAAACGGUUAAAUACAAUUAUGCAAAGUAUCCAGCCUAGACUGACUUUUUACAUGUUGAAAUAUUGUCCUUUAACUCUGUUUGUGUUAUCAUGACACCACAGGUAUAUGUUUACCAACAUGGGAAGGAUGGUACUCGUUCAUGUCCCAAAAACAUUGUUUAGUAUAGCAUCUGGUCUUUUGUUUUCAUUUGUAUCAAUGCCAGUUGUCAGCGUUGUAUUGUAAGCUACCUUGAGCCAGACACAAUGUGUCACAGUGAGUGAUCAGUCUCCUAUCUAAAUACUGAACACAGUCGUCUGAAUGACUAAACAAUGAAGACAUUGACUGAAGUGAAAAAUAAGAAGAGUAUGUUUUCUUUAUUACACUGUAAACUUCAGUCGGGAAGAAAACUAGCCAAAGAUUUAGUCCUUUUACUCAGAAUGUCUGAACAGAUGCAUUAGGAACAAACACACCCCACUUUGAUUAUUACAGUAAUAUUGUUGAGGAAACAGAGCUGCAGUAUGUAGGGUAUACUUUACUACUGUAACCAUCAGUAUGUCUUAUCUGGUCUGUUUUGGCUCUAAACACAUCUGCAGCUAUGUAAUAGUGGUCACUGAUCUUUCAGUCAAUGGUGAAAGAACAAACUGUCCCUGUAGACUCUGAGAACAGAUGAACCCUGUACACCCCUGAACAACCCAUUACAAGACUAACACUGUACAACAUAACUGUGAAGGUUACUAAUAAACAGCCAUUUGAUCUUG